GCCCUCCCUCUGGCCUCGACUCUGUGCAGCAUCCAUGCCUCUCAGGGUCUCGGUCUCUGUGUGAGAGGCUCUCGUUGUCUCUGUCCCUCAACCUCUGGGUCUCUCACAGCCUCCUUCUCCUCCACGUCCUCUCUGUCUUUGCCAGGACCCAGCCCCCAGCACCCGGAAUGUUCCUCCUGCUGGCCGUACUUCAGAUCUUGGCUGUAGCCAUGGCACAGAGCCAAGGGGACAACAAGAUAAUUGGUGGCUACCCAUGCAUCCCACACUCCCAGCCGUGGCAGGCAGCCCUGCUGGUGGGUGUCACCUGUCGCUUCCUCUGCGGAGGGGCCCUGCUGUCAGACCGGUGGGUCAUCACCGCUGCUCACUGCGCCCGCCGGAACCUGCGGGUUGCCCUGGGCAAGCAAAACCUGAAGAGGAAGGAGGCCACCGAGCAGGUGCUGCGUGUGGUACGCCAGGUGCCACAUCCCCAGUACAACCAUCGGACCAAUGACAACGACCUCAUGCUUCUGCAGCUGAGUCAUCCCGCACAGCUGGGGCCGGAGGUGAGGCCCAUCACUGUGGCCCAGAGCUGCGCCAGCCCCGGCACCUCCUGCCUCGUGUCCGGCUGGGGCACCACGUCCAGCCCCAUCGCCAGCUACCCCAACGCUCUGCAGUGCGUGAACAUCGAGACGGCCUCUGACCAGCAGUGUAAGGAGGCCUAUCCCGGAGCCAUCACGGCAGGCAUGGUCUGUGCCGGGGUCCCCAAUGGCGGAAAGGACUCUUGUCAGGGAGAUUCUGGGGGACCCCUGGUGUGCCAAGGGCAGCUCCAGGGCCUCGUGUCCUGGGGGAUGGAGCGCUGCGCCCUGCCUGGCUACCCCGGAGUCUACACCAACCUCUGCAAGUACUACAGCUGGAUCCAGAAAACCAUGAGGGGCGGCUGACUGCCGGUGCGACAGGACAUCGCUGCCCGCUUGCUGCCCAGACCUGCACGCUCCACUCGAGACCCAGGGGCCCUGGCCCCUAUCCCUCACUCCCUCAGAC